AUGUGGUAUUGGAACUGAGUAGAGAGGAAAAAAUCAAAAAAUUGGAAUCCGUAUUUCCAGACAUACCGCGUUGAAUCUGUUAUGUCAGAUUUUAUGUCUGAGAUAACAUAUUCGACUCGGUAUGUAUUCAUCCCCCUUUGGCCAUAGCUGAUUUUUAAGCUAGCUAGGCAUUGUAAUUUGUCCUUGAGAUUCUAAUCUAAUUGAAUUUCCAUGCAUCAGUUGCAUUAUUUAAAGGAGUGAAUUAGUCAAGUACUAAAAUUCUCAAACAUGUGACUACUUCAACACUUUUCUUUUCUUUCUCUAAUUUUUCAUGGCUAAUUUAUCUUUUAAACUCUUCUUUCUUCUCUUAACAAUUUUCCACUCACACACUUUAACUUUCAACAAUUCCUCAAAUUCUUCCACAAAAACAUUACAUGCAAAGAUCUAUUCAUUAAAAUCCUUCUGCAAAACUACUCCAUAUCCUGAAGUUUGUUUCAAUUCAUCAAAACUAUCAAUCUCAAUAAACAUAAAUCCAAACAUCAUUAGCAUCCUUCUUAACACACUUCAAGUAGCAAUAUCUGAAACAACAAAACUAUCUAAUCAAUUCAACAAUGCUAAACAACAUUCAAACAUCAUAGAGAACAAAAGAGGUGUGUUACAAGAUUGCAAUGAACUUCAACAAUCUACUUUGACUUCCUUAAAAAGAUCAUUAUCUGGAAUCAGUUCCUCAAACUCUAGAAAGUUAGUUGAUGCAAGAACUUAUCUCAGUGCAGCACUUACUGAUAAGAACACAUGUUUAGAAAGCUUAGAUUCGGCUUCGGGUACAAUGAAGCAAGUUCUAGUGGAUUCAGUGAUAGACACUUAUAAGCAUGUUAGUAAUUCUCUGUCAAUGCUCCCUGAGCCUGAGGAAAGAGCUUUGAAAGGACGUGGUAACAGACGUUUAAUGGAUUCUCUAACGUGGUUAUCAAGCAAAGAUCACCGCCGGUUCUUGCAAAGUACAAAUGAUGUAGUUGUGGCUGCAGAUGGAAGUGGAAACUUUAGCACCAUCAAUGAAGCCAUUAACUUUGCUCCAAAUAACAACUAUGAUAGGAUAAUAAUCUAUGUGAAACAAGGAGUGUAUGAGGAAAAUGUUGAAAUCUCAAGUGAUAAAACCAAUAUUGUUUUACUUGGUGAUGGAAGUGAUGUCACUCUCAUUACUGGCAAUAGAAGUGUUGUUGAUGGCUGGACCACUUUCAGAUCUGCAACUUUAGCGGUCUCCGGUGAAGGUUUUCUGGCACGCGAUAUAGCUUUUGAGAACAAGGCAGGACCAGAGAAGCAUCAAGCAGUUGCUUUAAGAGUGAAUGCAGAUUUAACAGCUUUUUACAAAUGUGCAAUGUAUGGUUACCAAGACACACUUUAUGUUCAUUCCUUUAGACAAUUCUAUAGAGAAUGUGACAUUUUUGGGACCAUAGAUUUCAUAUUUGGUAAUGCAGCAGUAGUUUUACAAGCAUGUAACAUUGUUUCAAGAAUGCCAUUACCUAAUCAAUUCACUGUCAUCACUGCACAAGCCAGAGAUUCUCCUGAUCAAGACACUGGCAUCUCAAUCCAAAAUUGUUCAAUUUUAGCUACUACUGAUUUGUAUGACAACUCUAACAACAUUAAAAGUUACCUUGGAAGACCUUGGAGGGUUUAUUCUAGGACUGUUUACAUUGAGUCUUACAUUGAUGUGUUUAUUAAUCCAAUGGGAUGGACAAAGUGGUCUCAUGAUGGUGAUAAAGGGUUGGAUACUUUGUAUUAUGGUGAGUAUGCAAAUUAUGGACCUGGUUCUGGAACAGAUAAAAGAGUGAAAUGGUUAGGGUACCAUUUGAUGGAUUUUGAUAGUGCAAAUAACUUCACUGUUUCUGAGUUCAUUAUUGGUGAUGCUUGGAUUGGAUCUACUUCUAUCCCUUAUGAUGAUUGGAUUUGAUCACAUAAAUAACAAGGAAUAUAGAUUUAGCUUAUUUGUUCUGCUUAAUCUUUACUCUAUUAAUGUAAGUAAAAAAAAACAAGAGUAAAUGAUCAUUUUGUUAUUUGAAUGUGUAAGAUGCUGUCUACGUAAGUUUCUGAGUGUAUUGGAAUUACAUAUCCAUCUAUAAGUAUAUCUUUUGUUAGUAAUUCUAUAGAUUAAAUUGAUUAAAUAAGAGACAUUCGAGUA